AUGUUCUCCUGGAGCCGCGUCAUGCGGCCACUCGCCCGCAUCGCCGGUGCCAAGGUCCUCGCCUUCGACCGGCCGGCGUUUGGCCUGACCUCCCGGGCCAGAUGGUCCGGCGAUGACACCAAGCCUCUCAACCCUUACUCCAUGGCCUUCUCGGCCAUGGCCACACUGGCAUUCAUAGACCACCUCGGCGCCGGGAAGGCCGUCCUUGUUGGGCACUCUGCCGGUUGCCUCGUUGCAGUGGAGGCGUACUUCGAGGCGCCCGAGCGGGUAGCGGCGCUGGUGCUGGUUGCACCGGCGAUUUUCGCGCCGAGGAAGGGUGAGAAAGAGAACAGCGUAGAGGAGCAGGAAGGGGCAGACAAGAAGGAUUCUGAUGAUAACAAUGCAGCACCAAAUCCAUUUGCUAGGAUAUGGAGAGGGUUUCUUGGCAUGUGUAUGUGGCUUGCAGGGCUUGUUCUCAAGUUGGUCAUGGCAAUACAGGAUACGGUCAGAGCUUUGUCUUCUAAGGUUCUUGUGGCCUUUCUACGAUCUUCACUGGCGGCGAGUCUGGUGAGAUUGAUCAUGGAUAAAUUCGGCGUAACGGGCGUUCGUAAUGCAUGGUAUGACCCAAGCAAAGUAACUGAUCAUGUUAUUCAAGGCUACACCAAGCCACUAAGAUCCAAGGGAUGGGAGACGGCUCUCUUGGAGUACACUAUAUCCAUGAUCACAGAUUCUACACCUAAGUCAAGAGUGCCAGUAUCGAAGAGGCUCUCUGAGAUCUCAUGCCCAGUGCUAGUGGUGACUGGCGACACAGACCGCCUUGUUCCAGCUUCAAAUGCUGAACGUCUAGCGCGUGCGAUUCCUGGCGCGACAUUUGAGGUUAUCAAGAAUUGUGGGCACUUGCCCCAGGAGGAACGAGCUGAAGAAUUCCUUUCUGUCGUCGAACGGUUCCUACAGAGGGCCUUUGGAACUCCAGAUGAGCAUGUGUUCCAAGCAGCUGUAUGA